AUGCUGGUAAGUGUGUGUAUCAUACAGACCAGAGUGGUGAAUGUGGUGGUAAGUGUGUGUAUCAUACAGACCAGAGUGGUGAAUGCGGUGCGUCUGUGGGUAGACAAUCACUUCGAUGACUUCUUUGAAUAUGCCGAUGCUCUGGAGGAACUGAUGCUAUUUUCAGAACGUGCUGAGAAGGAUACACACGCCACUAAGUCCAUCCAGGCGACUAUGCGUGUGGUGGAUAAGAAACGGGCGGCACAUACGGACACUGGCCUUCUCGGCCCAGCAAAGAGGGAAAAGCGCAACUCGGUGGUGUUUGGUGUAGCUGCGCCAGAUAUACAUCUGAGCAAUAGG